AUGAAUAAUUUGAAUGAAAAUUUUAAAAUUAACAACACUGAUAUUAUUGAUAAUUGUAAAAAUACUGCACAACCUCAACCAUCACCAUCACAACCAACUACACAAUUUAAUUCCGAACCACAUGAUUUUUUUGAAGAAAUUAAAAGAGAAGAUGAUACAAGAUUAAUGUCUUAUUCAUUAUAA